GUGUUUGCGGGCAGCACCCGCCUGGCAACCGCCGCGCGCUCCCCGGGGCCUCGGAGGGCUGCCCCAGUCCGGCCAUGGCGGGCGCGGCGGCGGAGGAGCAGGUGACCCGCCUGGCGCUGAGGCUCCUGGAGCAGAAACUGGAGCAAGAGCGUGAGAACGUGGAAGGGGGUGCAGAAGGCCCACACCUGGUGUCAGGCGACGCAGACGGGGCUGACGAGGCACUGCAGAGCGCCCUGCAAAGAAGGAGGGUCCUUCUGCAGAGACUCUGGGAGCAGCACCUCCUGGACGAGCUGUCCCACACCCACGCCUGGAGAGGGGCGAGCAGAGGUGCCCACGGGCCGGCGCUGCCCCUGGAAGUUCCUCCCGUGAGCAUCCACCCGGCCGUGCCCCCGCCGCUGAGCCCGGAGCCCCCCAGAAUCAUCCAGCACUCGGUCCCCCAGCCACCUGCCACCAUCAUUCAGCAGCUACCUCAGCAGCCGCUCAUCACACAGAUCCCUCCUCCUCAAGUUGUCCCCUCUCACCGAUCAGGAAGCAUUAAGGAAGACAUGGUGGAGAUGAUGCUGAUGCAGAACGCACAGAUGCACCAGGUCAUCCUGCAGAACAUGAUGCUCAGGGCGCUGCCCACGGCUGUGCUCCCCGGCCCGGGGCCCCCGGCCUCCUCCCUGCACCCCAGCCUGCAGGGCCCCGCUGGACGGCGUCCUCCCCGCACAGCCCCUGGGGGUGUGAACCCCACUCAGCCUGGUCAGCAGCUGGGGCUUCCCUCCGCGACCACCCGCCGUGAGUGCAAAAGCCUUGGCGAGUCCCAGAGGCCGGGCUUGGAAGGCCCCACGAAACACUGUUUCAUCAGGAAAGAAUUGAAGAAAUAUAUGCCUCGGAGGACACAAUGCAAAAAAUCUGUACACUUAGUUGGCCCCACGAAAAUUUAAACCUCUCCACUGGGGAACCACACCGUGAACAAAAUCAAAAGACGAAGCAUCAGCCGGGAGGGCAUGUGCCCCAGUAUCCGACCGGGUCUCCUUCUUCCGGGAAGAGGAAGCAGUGGUAGCAGAGCGACAUACGUGUGGUGAUCUCUUUUACUCACUGAUUAGUAAAAAUGUACUGAUCAAUAUGGGCAGAUCUACAUGCUCACUUUCGUAACUUCUUUCCCCUGGAAAUAAAAAUAAGAAGCUAAACAGUGAUCCUUCUCUUCAGUUUGUU